CUGUAACCUCGGUUGGUGUGUUUGGGAAACAUGAGUUUCCAAUACAUUUUUACCUUUCCUUCAGAAUUGUGGCCUUAUAAUCCCAGACAGACUGCCUUACUACGAGCGUGUGUUUAACGGGGUGGUGAACGUCCAGUCUCCACGAUACCCUGAGUUUACACAGCCCCGGGCCCGUGGGGAGAUGGUGAAGCUGCCCCCGGCCCAGCUGUCUGACCAUGAGCUGGCCAUGCUGAGGGACAUGGCUGUGAUCAGUCAUGCACAGACACCGAGACGUGAUGGCCUGAGUGUACCAGAGCAGUACAUGGAGAAGUUGAACUACUCCAUAGAGUUCAUCAGGACCAAGCAGUACGCCCUACAGGAUCACAUGCACCAGCUACACGCUGAGAAGCUAAGGCUGAUGGCAGAGGUGGGAAAGUCUAUGGACAGAGAUAUUGUCAGACUUGAUUACAAAACCAAGGGCAAGAAGAAAAGGGAUGACGAAGAAAAAGAUGACGAUCCUACAAAGAAAAAGAAGAAGAAGAAGAAGAAAAAGAAGAGUGAGGAUGAUGAAUAUGACAUGAUGAGCUCAAUCUCAUCUCUAAAGAACUUCCGGCCAACGAAGGCCUCCGAUAUCACAGAUGAGGUCAUAGUCAGCAGAAUGGAUGACAAGAUGAUGAAAAUGGCAAAGAAAGAGCCAGCUGUGAAGAAACUUACCAUGGAAAUCAACAGAGACAUUGAGAAAAUGAAGAACUUUGAUAAGCGAGUCACAGAAAUUGAAGAUGAGAAGGACCUUGUUGGGCUGUACUGUAUGGACCACUACUUCAAUGAACAGAACUGCUCAGCCGCCCCAUAUGAGUUCCGUAGACAGCAGAGUCGUCUCUACCAGAAACUGCACCCAGAUCCGGAUGUUGAGAUGAACAUUGAGGAGGUUGAGGCGGCUCUUCAGCAGGUCAACAACAAGCUUCUCUCAGACAGGGAGUUCCAGUACAUCUACUUUGUGCUGGACCUUCCAAAGCGAGAGAAGAUCAACUUUCGACUGUUCAGCGUUGUAGCAGCCUUGUCAGAGAAGGUGACACAGAUGGAUCCUGUAAUACGAAAGCUGAUCAACAAAGUGGACUACAAUGCACUGGACAUUAAAAUGGAGAAAAGCAAGGAGCUAUUCCAGCUGCUACAAGAUGAGACCCAGAUGCCUGUGGGUAAUUGUCCAGCAGAUAUUCUGGCUGUGGAGCUGACUGCAGGGGGAUUGACUCCUGAACACACCAACUAUGUGCUGAGCAAAUUCAAUCGAGAGGGGAAAGGAUUUGCAGACUUCCUUGACUUUGUCACAUAUGUACCGCUGUUUGUUGAAAUCCAUAGGAGAAUAAUACAAGAUCCUUUCAACGAUUCCUUAGAUGUUUAAUGAGCAUAAUAUAGUGCAAAAAUAGAAUACAACUCAAAUAAUGUUUCAUCAAUGCCAUCUUAGUAAAACAAUGGAUUAAUGUUUCAUUAAGUACAUCUUAGUAAAACAAAUGUUCAUCCACUAACUAUUAGGAAAAUAAUGUUUCAUCUACUUAGUCUUAGUAAUAACAAUUUUUCAUCUUGUGAACUUGGUAAAUCUGUUUACUCUACUUAAUCUUAGUAAAAUAAUGUUUCAUGCAGUAAAUCUUAGGAAAAUAAUGU